AUGGGGCCCUCAGCACCCUAUACCAUACAGGUGGUCAAAAUGGUUGCUAGCCAAUGGUUGACUCCACAUGAUUGGCAUCAAACAGCAAAAUCAACCUUAACACCAGGGGAUUAUGUAGUAUGGAGAACAGAAUAUGAAGAUAAAUGCAAAGAAACAGUACAAAGGUACUCAGGUAAACGAGGCUUUAAGAUAACUUUAGAUAUGCUUUUAGGCACAGGAGCUUACCUUACCCCUGUGUCCCAGAUUAAGCUAACAAAAGCUGUAUUGAAGGAAGUUACUACUAAUGCAGUUCUAGCAUGGAGGGCUAUUCCUCCACCAGGGGCCAAAAAGACUGUCUUGGCUGGAAUAAAGCAAGGUAAUGAAGAACCAUAUGCAGAUUUUGUCUCCAGACUAGAGGAAGCCUUAAAUAGAAUGAUGCCUCAUUGCGAAGGCACAGACAUAUUAUUAAAACAAUUAGCAUGGGAAAAUGCCAACUCCUUGUGUCAGGAUCUUAUAAGACCCUUGAGACGCACAGGGACUGUGCAAGAAUAUAUUAAAGCAUGCAUAGAUGCUUCCCCUGCAGUGGUUCAAGGGAUGGCCUAUGCAGCAGCCAUGAAAGGACAGAAAUAUACUGCCUUUGUGAGACAAACUUAUGGUAAUGGGAAAAGACCCAAUGGCCAAGCAAAUCAAGGGCUUACAUGUUUCUCCUGUGGGAAUGCAGAUCAUAUGAAAAAGGACUGUCUAAAAGGGACAAAAGAGGUCAAAAAACCCCCACCAGGUGUAUGCCCCAGAUGUAAAAAGGGAAAACAUUGGAAGAAUGAAUGCAGAUCAAAAUUUGACAAAGAAGGAAAUAGACUUGACGAAGAAUCUAAGGAGGAAGACUCAAAAAACGAGUAA